AUGGGAGAUGACAUGGAAGAUAUUCACCUGUCUAAGAACAUGGAGGAUUCAUAUCUAAACAUGAAGAGAAGAAAGUAUGCAAACAUUAAAGCUGUUAAAAGUUAUGGUUUUAGCCAAAAUGAAGAUGAACCUUGUGUUUACAAGAAAAACAAUGGGAGAGCAGUCGUAUUCCUCGUACUAUUAAUGUUUGGAAACGACAUAGGCAUGUUGACCUCUGUGAAACUAUGGUUAUCAAAUACCUUCUCAAUGAAGGAUCUAGGAAAUGCAUCUUACAUACUGGGUAUCAAGAUCUGUAGGGACAGAUCAAGAAAACUAAUUGGAUUAUCUCAAUCCCUAUAUGUGGACAAGGUGCUCGAAAGAUUCCAAAUGGAACAUUCCAAGAAGGGUUUUCUGCCAGUCAGACAUGAUAUUCACCUGUCUAAGAACAUGUGCCAUAAAACCCCAAAAGCAGUAAUAUAG